UUCGAGAGUGCAGAAGCUUCAUGGUCGACACUGGAUUCAGCGUUACGGAUGUGUGGUUUCACGUUAAUCGACGAUCGAAUUCCGUCACACGAGCUGACUUUGGUGAGUGCCCUCAAAGCCGGCUCCAUUCCGGUAAUAUUGUCCGAUUCGAUGGUGCUGCCGUUCGACGAGCUGAUACAGUGGCCAAGUAAGGUUGUUAAAUUUUUCGUGUAUUCAUUGAAGUGGAUGUGCGGAAACGAUGGAUUGAUGAAAGUAGAGUGUUCGGUUGCGAGAUAUUGGCUGACAUCGGGAUAA